AUGUCCUCCACCACCUCAACCUACUCCAACCCCUUCACCGGGCCGGGCUCCGUCGAUAUCCGCGACAUCAACAUCCAUGACCACGUUCCUGUGAUCCUCGAUGCCACCGACUCCAUGUACUUUGCGUGGAAGACUUAUUUCUCGCUCCUCUUACGCGAGAACAAUCUCGUGGAUCGUGUUGAUGGCACCGUCCACUCUCACGUCAUGGUGGGCGAUUCCGAUUGGACCGCGAUCGAUGCCACACUCAUCUGGUGGUUCUUCACCACCAUCUCCAAGGACCUGCUUCACAUGGUCGUGAGCGAUGGUGAUGACGCCCAUGUCGUGUGGGUCAAGCUCAACGACCUCUUCACCAACAACAAGCUUCAGUGUCGCGUUUUUCUGCAGCAGGAAUUUUUUUACUGUCAUCAAGAUGAACAGUCCAUCGAUGACUACUGCCGCUGCCUAGAGACAUUAUCGGAUGAACUCCGUGACAUCAAUGCCAAGGUUGAUGACGACCUCCUCCUUAGCAUGCUUACCGCCGGCCUCAACGAGGAUUUUGCCAACGCCGCCACCAACCUCACCUUGCUGUCGGAGCCCUCCUUCCGCAAGUUUGCGCCGUACAUGCAGUUGGAGGAGCGUCAGAUGAAGGGGUGA